GAUAACGACAUGGUAUACCGCCUUAUUAGACUAGGCCUCUGGGUUACAUAUAAAAUGAGCUCAUUACGACUUCUGCAAGAGAGGAAACAAGCUGCUACCAAGCAGUGUUUGGAGUAUCAUCAUACCCAUGGAGGACAGGGGAGAGGGGGGAGAGCCUGCAGCCGGUCUGCACUUUGUGGGCACGAAGGAAGACCUGAUAAAAGCCAAGCGGUCGUUCAGGACCCUGGAGGGCAGGGACAUACUGGUGCUCUAUCACCAGGAGAUUUUCUAUGCUCUGGACUUCCACUGUUACCAUGCUGGGGGACCAUUGCAAAAUGGAGACAUAGAGGAAUUUGACGGCAAGCUGUGCAUAGUGUGUCCAAAGCACAAGUACAAGAUCUCUCUCGCUGAGGGGGAGGGCAUCUACAGGGCCACCAACCCUUAUGCCCCAGUGCCCACAAAAAGGUGGUACUCCAAGGGCAUCAAGCAAAGAGUCCACACGGUGACCGAGACUGACGGGGACGUUUAUGUCACACUGUCCCACAUGUCUCGUUUUAUCGAGUCUGACUACUUCCAGGGAGAGAAGGGCAAAGUAGAGAGGGAGAGAAUGGAGGCCGAAGAUUCUUCUAAGAAAUCUAACACAACCUCCUGAUGGACUGUAUGUCAAUAGUCUAAAAUGGCUUCCUCUCCUUGCCUCCUCAUCUGCACUGAUCUGAAGGGAAGGUAAAGGAGGGAAGGAGGCGAGGAGAGGAAGCCAGGUCCAACUAUUAACAUACAUUUGGGGUUUUCCUGAAGUUUACUUGUCUUCAAAUGGGGAUGUAGUAAUUAUGGCAACCUUGACAUUUGAUUUGUGUCCAGAGACUUGAGCAGCCAAUCAGAUCUCUGACAUAAAUAUGCUAAAGGCAGGAUGUGAGUGAACUGAGUUUAAAAACGACCAAUCACAUGUUUCCUUAAUGUAUGGGGUAGGGGUAACAUUAUCAGUUUUUUUGUUGUUGUGUACAUUUCAUACAUUCCACAAGAAUCUGUUUUUAUGUGUUUUAGGCUGUUACGUUAUCUUAUACAGAUUAUCUCACUCACUGCUCAGCCGACUUGUGAAUUGUAGCUCCUUCUCACGUGGGAUGAGUUAAGUCUACAAAGCACAAGACUCCUGGGGUUCAGUAAUAAAGCUAAUAAAAUGA